AUGCUUGAUCCUUACAAUCAAACAGAUCAUCCAGAGUGUAAGUCACGUCCAGAUAGUGGCCUUUCAGCUAUUACAGAACUUGACCUAGGUUAUAUAACAGGUCCUCUUUCAUCAAUAUGGAAAGAAUGGUGCAUUGAAUUUGGGAUUGAGGCAAAUGCUAUUCUUGUUGUUCCAUAUGAUUGGAGAUUGUCAACAUCAAAGCUUGAAGAAUGGGAUUUGUACUUCCAUAAGCUAAAACUUACCUUUGAAACAGCUUUGAAGAAUGUCCCAUUGCUGCCACCAUCACCUGUGGCAGUAGCCUUCCACAUCUAUGUGACAAUACGAAUACUUUCUGGUUUUGAAGUAUUAGAGCUGAUUGUUGAUGUUGAGAACUGUCUUCAGGCCUUUUUUGGGGUUGCAGAUGAUCUGGAUGCAAUUAUUAUUGCAUUUAGAACUAUUCCCUAA